CGGUAGAGGACUGUGAAAGAAAAGUUGUCCCCCAGGAUGGACUUCUCCACCACGCAGCCCAAGCCUGCCACUGCCCUCUGUGGCGUCGUGAGUGCCGACGGGAAGAUCGCCUACCCGCCGGGGGUGAAGGAGAUCACCGACAAGAUCACCACGGAUGAGAUGAUCAAACGGCUGAAGAUGGUAGUGAAAACUUUUAUGGAUAUGGAUCAGGAUUCAGAAGACGAAAAGCAGCAGUAUCUCCCACUAGCCUUGCAUCUUGCAUCUGAAUUCUUCCUCAGGAAUCCCAAUAAAGAUGUGCGUCUCCUAGUAGCAUGUUGUUUGGCUGACAUCUUUCGAAUUUAUGCCCCUGAAGCUCCAUAUACUUCCCAUGAUAAACUUAAGGACAUAUUUUUGUUUAUUACCAGACAAUUAAAAGGUUUGGAAGAUACAAAGAGCCCACAAUUUAAUAGAUACUUUUAUUUACUAGAGAAUUUAGCUUGGGUUAAAUCAUAUAACAUCUGCUUUGAAUUGGAAGAUUGCAAUGAAAUUUUUAUUCAACUUUUUAGAACUCUCUUCUCAGUGAUCAACAAUAGCCACAAUAAGAAAGUACAAAUGCACAUGCUGGACUUGAUGAGUUCUAUCAUCAUGGAAGGUGAUGGAGUUACUCAAGAGUUAUUGGACUCCAUUCUUAUUAACCUAAUUCCCGCACAUAAGAACUUAAAUAAGCAGUCAUUUGACCUUGCAAAAGUCCUGCUUAAAAGGACAGUCCAGACUAUUGAGGCAUGCAUUGCCAAUUUUUUCAAUCAAGUCCUGGUGCUGGGAAGGUCUUCAGUGAGUGAUUUGUCAGAACAUGUAUUUGAUCUAAUUCAGGAGCUCUUUGCUAUAGAUCCUCAUUUAUUAUUAUCUGUCAUGCCACAACUUGAAUUCAAACUGAAGAGCAAUGAUGGAGAAGAGCGAUUAGCUGUUGUUCGGCUUCUAGCUAAAUUAUUUGGUUCUAAAGAUUCUGAUUUGGCAACACAGAAUCGUCCCCUUUGGCAGUGUUUUCUUGGACGAUUUAAUGACAUUCAUGUUCCUGUGAGAUUAGAAAGUGUGAAAUUUGCCAGUCACUGUUUAAUGAAUCACCCAGAUUUAGCAAAGGAUCUCACAGAAUAUUUAAAAGUUAGAUCACAUGAUCCAGAAGAAGCUAUUCGUCAUGAUGUUAUUGUUACGAUAAUAACUGCUGCCAAAAGGGACCUUGCCUUAGUCAAUGACCAGCUACUUGGCUUUGUAAGGGAAAGAACGCUGGACAAACGGUGGCGAGUGAGGAAAGAGGCUAUGAUGGGUCUUGCUCAGCUUUAUAAGAAGUACUGUCUUCAUGGUGAAGCAGGAAAGGAAGCUGCAGAGAAGGUCAGCUGGAUAAAGGACAAACUUCUGCAUAUUUAUUAUCAGAAUAGCAUCGAUGACAAGCUUUUGGUAGAGAAAAUCUUUGCUCAGUAUCUUGUCCCUCACAAUUUGGAAACAGAAGAAAGAAUGAAAUGCUUAUAUUAUUUAUAUGCUAGUUUGGAUCCAAAUGCUGUAAAAGCUCUUAAUGAAAUGUGGAAGUGUCAGAACAUGCUUAGGAGUCAUGUACGAGAACUGUUGGAUUUGCACAAGCAGCCCACAUCAGAGGCUAACUGUUCUGCUAUGUUUGGAAAACUGAUGACCAUAGCAAAGAAUCUGCCAGAUCCUGGAAAAGCACAAGACUUUGUGAAAAAAUUUAACCAAGUUCUUGGUGAUGAUGAAAAGCUGCGAUCUCAAUUGGAGUUAUUAAUCAGCCCUACCUGUUCAUGCAAGCAGGCAGAUAUUUGUGUGAGAGAAAUUGCUCGGAAACUUGCAAAUCCUAAGCAGCCAACAAAUCCUUUUCUAGAGAUGGUCAAAUUUCUUUUGGAAAGAAUUGCACCUGUGCACAUUGAUUCAGAAGCCAUAAGUGCACUAGUAAAAUUGAUGAAUAAAUCAAUAGAGGGAACAGCAGAUGAUGAAGAGGAGGGUGUAAGUCCAGAUACUGCUAUUCGUUCAGGACUUGAACUUCUUAAGGUACUGUCUUUCACACAUCCUACCUCGUUCCACUCUGCAGAGACAUAUGAGUCCCUGUUACAGUGCCUGAGAAUGGAAGAUGACAAAGUAGCAGAAGCUGCUAUACAAAUUUUUAGAAAUACAGGCCACAAAAUAGAAACAGAUCUUCCCCAGAUAAGAUCGACCUUAAUUCCAAUUUUACAUCAAAAAGCAAAGCGAGGUACUCCACACCAAGCAAAACAGGCUGUGCACUGUAUACAUGCCAUAUUUACAAAUAAAGAAGUCCAGCUAGCACAGAUUUUUGAGCCACUCAGUAGGAGUCUGAAUGCAGAUGUACCAGAACAACUUAUAACUCCAUUAGUUUCUUUGGGCCACAUUUCUAUGUUAGCACCAGAUCAGUUUGCUUCCCCAAUGAAAUCUGUAGUCGCAAACUUUAUUGUGAAAGAUCUACUAAUGAAUGACAGGUCCACAGGUGAGAAAAAUGGGAAAUUAUGGUCUCCAGAUGAAGAGGUUUCCCCUGAAGUACUAGCAAAGGUACAGGCAAUUAAACUUCUGGUAAGGUGGCUGUUGGGUAUGAAAAACAACCAGUCUAAAUCUGCCAAUUCAACUCUUCGGUUAUUAUCAGCGAUGCUGGUUAGUGAGGGUGACCUGACAGAACAAAAGAGGAUCAGUAAAUCUGAUAUGUCUCGCUUGCGAUUAGCUGCUGGCAGUGCCAUAAUGAAGCUUGCUCAGGAACCUUGUUACCACGAAAUUAUUACCCCAGAACAGUUUCAGCUCUGUGCACUUGUUAUCAACGAUGAGUGCUACCAAGUAAGGCAGAUAUUUGCUCAGAAGCUGCAUAAGGCACUUGUGAAGUUGCUGCUCCCAUUGGAGUACAUGGCGAUCUUUGCCUUGUGUGCCAAAGAUCCUGUGAAGGAGAGACGAGCUCACGCACGACAGUGUUUGCUAAAAAACAUUAGUAUACGCAGGGAGUACAUUAAACAGAACCCCAUAGCUACUGAGAAAUUAUUAUCACUGUUGCCUGAAUAUGUAGUUCCAUACAUGAUUCACCUGUUAGCCCAUGAUCCAGAUUUUACAAGGUCCCAGGAUGUUGAUCAGCUUCGUGAUAUCAAAGAGUGCCUGUGGUUCAUGCUUGAAGUUUUAAUGACAAAGAAUGAAAACAACAGCCAUGCCUUUAUGAAAAAGAUGGCAGAGAACAUCAAGUUGACCAGAGAUGCCCAGUCUCCAGAUGAAUCCAAGACAAAUGAAAAACUUUAUACGGUGUGUGAUGUGGCUCUGUGUGUUAUAAAUAGUAAAAGUGCUUUGUGCAAUGCAGAUUCACCAAAGGAUCCAGUUCUCCCAAUGAAAUUUUUUACACAGCCCGAAAAGGACUUCUGUAAUGACAAGAGUUAUAUUUCAGAAGAGACCAGGGUGCUGUUAUUAACAGGAAAGCCCAAACCUGCUGGAGUGCUAGGUGCCGUAAACAAGCCUUUAUCAGCAACAGGAAGGAAACCAUAUGUUCGAAGCACUGGAGCUGAGACUGGAAGCAAUAUCAAUGCAAAUUCAGACCUGAACCCUUCAACCGGAAAUCGAUCAAGGGAACAGAGUUCAGAGGCAGCAGAAACUGGCGUUAGUGAAAAUGAAGAGAACCCUGUGAGAAUUAUUUCUGUCACACCAGUAAAGAACAUUGACCCAGUAAAGAAUAAGGAGAUCAACUCUGACCCGGCCACCCCGGUCCCCAUCAGCAGUGAGCGGGCCAAGAAGAGAACGGCAGCUGCCGCUGGGGCGGAGAAUAUUCAGCAGCAAACGGAUGAGAAAGUGGAUGAAUCGGGACCACCUGCCCCUUCCAAGCCCAGGAGAGGACGGCGACCCAAGUCUGAGUCUCAGGGCAAUGCAACCAAAAACGAUGACAUGAAUAAACCUGCUGGCAAGGGCAGGAAGCGAGCCCCGGCCAGUCAGGAAAGCCCUGGGGGGUUGGAAGCAGUCAAUGCCAAAGCACCCAAGUUGCAAGACGCAGCCAAGAAGGCAGUGCCACCCGAGAGGCAGAUUGAUUUACAAAGGUAAGAAGAAAAUCCAUUUGCAAAGGGAGAAAAUGAAGGCCAAACAGAAGCAGGGUCUGGCUUCUGCGACAACCUGGAUUCACAGUGUCCCUGAAGAGAAAGUUAACUUUUAGAGAACACAUACUUUUCUGCCUUGAAAACUGAAAGAAACUUCCUUUCCCUUCACACGGCCACACGUCCUUCAGUGGAAAUGUACAGCAGAAACUGGAGAGUCGCUAAGAGCAACUCCAUCCUCCCUCCUUGCCCCUCCCCAGACUUUUCUCGGGAAAAGUCAAUAAUUAAGCAAAUUGCUUAACACUUGGUUCCAGUUCCUGCAUAUCUGGAGUUUAAAGCGCGUGAUACACCAUUAAUUUUCAUGCUGCAUUUUUUUAUUUUAAAGAAAGUAACAGGAUGUCCUUACACUGACAUUGAAAAUUCAUCAAUUUUAGAGCCAGGAAUUCCCAUGUUUCACAAGAAAAAGAAAGUCUACUGAGUUAAUUUUUAAGAAGAGAUCAGAUUAAAUAUUGCUUUGUUUUUCCUUUUGGAAACUUCUGUAUAAUUCUUUCUGCCUGCCUACUUUUCUGCAAAAAUGAGAUGUACAGACUGCAGUUCCCUGCUAUGAAAAGUGAUGUGGUGGCGAUUUUAUAAACGUUGCUUUCUGAUUUUUAUCAGAGUGAAAAAGAAUUAAAAUUAUUAUUGAUUUGCAAGUAGUAACAUUUUUUUAUUUCCCCUCCAUUUUAGUUUAAUAUAAUUUUCAAUAAAUGUACAUAUCGUUUGUUUUAUAAAGCAUAUUACUUUAAAAUGGUUUUUACUCCUGUGAUUAUUAGAAUGGUUGGAAUUUUAAAGGAGUUAAAGGCUAUCCGCAUUUGGUUUUAUAGUGUUUGUCACCAGAUUUUUAUUACUGAUGUUAUAAAAAAAGGGUGUUUUUUUGUUUUGCUUUGUUUUUAAUAGCUGGACUUUGGCAGCUUGUAAGGAAAGCUGGAGGUGUUUAGGACUGCUCUCAGUUUUCAGCAUUGUGGUAUUUGGAAAUCAGUGUUUUGCUUCUGUCUGCGAUCUGGGCUCCAUUCUCAUUUUAGAAGAUAAUUGUGGCAUCAAUAGAUUAUGUUUCUUGGCAUUGCUCAGCAUAGGUGAUGUGUGUAUUUUUUGGGUACACAUAUCAGUUAUAUUUAAUGAUUGCAGAAAAUAAAUGCUUCUAGAUGUCAUACGGUAGUCCUUUUUAAUCAUUUUGGGUUGUUUUGUUUUUUGUGAAAGGGCUAAAGGCACAGAAGUAAAGAACCAGUUACAAUCAGCUCUCUUGUUCAUGUGAUUGCUACAGGCAGCAAUGAAGGCAGGCGAGUGGGGAGCAUCCUGUCAGCAUCCUGUUCUGCCCUCUGUCCUCACCCUGCAGGCUUCGCCUUGGAGCCCUGGCCCGUGCUCACUCAGUAUCUGUGCAGACAGCCCGUGCCAGCCUAAGGAUAUGAGAGUAUGGGUUGUAAGUUAGUCUUGACAGGGCAUAGACAACAUGGGGUAUGAAACAGUGAAAGUGAACUGUGUUUGAAAGGAUAAUUAUUCGCGUGGACUCUGCUGGCUGUUGACUGAUCAAGAUAAGUAAUUCUUUUAAUUAUGCUGAUAGACAUUUAAAGCAUCAAAAGAUGGAGAGAGAAUAAUAUCUUUUUUUAAAGCAGGAAACACCUCUCCGGCCCCUCAUUGUUUCUUGUUGCCUCUUAGAACCCUUUAGAAGGAAAAUAUAAGAUAUUGCCUCCAACAUGCUGAAAAGAGUAUCUAUGCAUAAGUACCAGAGAAGUCCCUCAGCGACCGAUGGGCAUGUUCUGUAUAGGAAGACUUGGCAUCAGACAGCUUGAUCGUUACGAUUUUCCCCCAGCAGAGUGCAUGGGGAUGGGCCUGCCUUCCCUCUUGCUCCCACUUCCCCAGCAGCGCCGGUUGCUAGAUGGUUGGGGUGCCCAGUCCUCUUCAGCAUCAGGGGUGGAGGCACCUUCUCUUCUGCAGCAUCUGCGAGUGGCCAGCGUCAGCAGGAGGGUGAGAAAGGCCCACUCCUGCCUACUGGCCAGAUGCAACUCAUUCCAGCACUCCCGGGAAGGAAGAGCAGGCGGGGAAUUAGGUAAGCUGGUGGGAGGGACUUGUAUAAGGGAAGUGUGUCCGUUUUCCUUGGGAAAGGAAAACAGAAUCCCUUAGGAAUUUGGUAUUCACAUCUCAGAGAACUACAACACAAAAGUGCAGACUUACAUUUGAAAAUUAAUGUUACUCCUUUGUGUCUAGUUUGAAGCUUCUUGUAUUUGUCUAAAACUACAAGCCAGAAUUUUGUAUCUCCUUUGAUAAAAAGUGUGUAUAAUGUAAAGUAGUUUUGCAUAUUGUGCUGCACAUGGGCUGGAUUUUUAGAUUUUUUUUUAAAGACUUGAAGCAGAACCUUGUAAUUUGUGUAAAUGAUGAGUGUAAAAUCCUACCAUAAAAUGCUACAAAUAUGCACUGUUUCAAAUAAAAUCGAGAAAUGCAGCAUUA